UAGUGUUACGCUGGUGUUGCUAUUAAUUCACUGAGACACGUGCGUCACCAGAUUUAGGAGAGGGAGAGAAGAGAAGCAAUCAAUGCAGCUGCGCUUUCACCAAGUGCGCACUGGGAGAAAUGGAGGAUUUGGACGCUUAAUAGAUGUCACCGACCUGUUUCCCCUCAACCCGAUGAGAGCAUGUGCGGAGGGGAGCGGAUGUGAAAGUGAGCUCACUUUCCAAUCAAAGACGUUUGGGAAGGACUGGUAUGAAGAGGGAAAAAAGACUUUAUUGGGGUCAUGUAGGUCGAGUGACGCAUAUUGUCAACUAAAUCGAUAAACAACAAAAUCAAUCUGUGACAAUUGCAUGGUGAUUAAUUAUUGUGAUGACGGUUUGACCUGCUCCCUAGCACAGCCAUAGACAAAAUCCAGCGAGAGGGACGUCAUCCUGUUUCACAACAUGUACGGAACCAAAUGUCGACGGGCAACACGGCUGCCUGUGCAUUAAAUUGUGUGGUAUUUUGCUCCCAAUAAUUAGGACAAAGCAGACUGCUGUCGUAGCACGAGUUAUGCUGCCUUCCCAAAAAUCUGUGAGUUCCCGACUCCUCAGUUUUCGGGGAAUGUUGUGAACAAGCUGAAAGCACACAGCGCAUUGAGGCAGUGUCAAAUAAUGGCAAUGGUUGUUGAUAAACGUAUUAGUGACACGUGAUUCCCCUUUUCUCACGUUCUAACAGUUACGUAAUACGUUUCGUCAGUAGUGAAUUUAUUCAAACUCCUUCCUUGUCUGUGUGUUAAACAGUGGUUAUAGUUGCAACGUUUCGCUGCACGUACAGCAUAGUUUUACACAACUGUCAAACACUUGUCGGUUUACUGUGGCCAGUGUGAGUAUGUAUUUUACGAGAAGUACUGAAGGCAACAUCCAAUCGUGUGUCAAGGAGAAUGGGCGGUCCGCCACUGCCUGCCCCUCGCGAGCAGUGCAAUGCACCGCAGCUUCAGUGGUUUUGACGAGCGUCGAGCGGUCUCCAAGUGAUCGUGAUUGGAGGUUGUGACUCGACUCCGGUGAGCCUCAAGUCUGAGUGGCCAGUGUGUCGGGCAGCAGCAGCGUAGAGUCAGUAGUUACACUCUUUGGGUGAGGGCUCUCUCUGACGACGUGAUCAGCCCCAGAGGCCGUGCUUCAAACAGCCUCCCCUCUCCCUCCCCCUUCCCCACCACAUCCUCUGUCAUCAUGGGGGACGUAGUCCGCAUGCACUUCACCACGGCGGACUAUGUCAUCUUUACCUUGCUGUUGGUGGCCUCAGCCGGCAUCGGCCUCUUUUACGCCUUCUCUGGUGGGCGCCAGCGCACAACACAGGAGUUCCUGAUGGCGGAUCGCUCCAUGAGCUGCCUGCCUGUGUCUCUGUCCCUACUGGCCACCUUCCAGUCAGCCGUGGCCAUCCUGGGCGCUCCCUCCGAGGUGUACACCUUUGGGACUCAGUACUGGUUCCUGGGCUGCUCCUACUUUUUGGGCCUGCUCAUCCCGGCUCAUGUGUUCAUACCAAUUCUCUACCGUCUGCGGCUGUCCAGCGCCUACGAGUAUCUGGAGCUGCGCUUCAACAAGACGGUCCGCAUAUGUGGGACAGUGACCUUCAUCUUUCAGAUGGUCAUUUACAUGGGGGUGGUCCUGUACGCCCCAUGUUUGGCACUCAAUGCAGUGACAGGUUUUGACCUAUGGGGGGCAGUGCUGGCCAUGGGGUUGGUGUGCACUCUGUAUACUGCUCUGGGGGGUCUGAAGGCGGUGAUCUGGACCGAUGUCUUCCAAACGGUGGUGAUGUUCGCGGGACAGCUGGCGGUCAUCGUGGUGGGGGCCAAUCAGGCGGGGGGCAUGGCAGAGGUGUGGAGGAAAGCAGUUAAUGGCAGCCGCAUUUCUGGACUAGACCUGAACCCCGACCCUCUGGAGCGCCACACCUUCUGGACUCUGGGUGUGGGAGGAGUCUUCCUGAUGUUGGCUCUGUAUGGGGUCAACCAGGCCCAGGUCCAGAGAUACCUCAGCGCUCGUACGGAAAAGGAGGCCGUCAUGUCCUGCUACGUAGUUUUCCCAUGCCAGCAGAUUGUCCUGUGUUUAGGUUGCCUGAUGGGUCUGGUCAUGUUUGCUCGCUACGGAGAGGACAGCCCUCUUGACAAGGGCUACGUCAAAACUAAUGACCAGAUGGUGCUGUAUUUUGUGAUGGACGUCUUCAAGGAUCUGCCCGGGCUCGCUGGACUGUUUGUGGCCUGCCUCUUCAGCGGCGCUCUCAGCACCAUCUCAUCCGCUUUUAACUCCCUUGCAACCGUAACCAUGGAGGACCUGAUAAAACCUUAUUUUCCAAACAUGACCGAGGCUAAAGCUACGCUGCUAUCUAAGGGCCUUGCUUUUGUCUACGGCUUGGUGUGUCUGGCUAUGGCCUACAUCGCCUCGAAAAUGGGAUCGGUGCUGCAGGCAGCCUUCAGCAUCUUCGGGAUGGUAGGUGGUCCUCUGCUGGGCCUCUUUUGUCUGGGAAUGUUCUUUCCCUGGGCAAACUCGACUGGUGCAGUGGUCGGGUUAGUAGCGGGCCUCGCUAUGGCCUUCUGGAUUGGCAUUGGGAGCUUUGUGAUGCGCAUGCCCGAUUCCUUGCCAGCACUCAAUGCCACGGACCUGCCUCUGUUUGGCAACAUGACCACCGCCGCCGUGACGACACUGGUCACCGCCACCAAAGCCAAGCUAAGGCCAUCGGGUGUGGAGGCGCUCUAUUCGUUGUCCUACAUGUGGUACAGUGCUCACAACUCCACCACUGUGGUGGUGGUGGGACUGAUAGUCAGCCUGCUAACAGGACCCAUGAAGGAGAAGGACCUGACACCCGGCACAGUGUUUCCGGUCAUGGGCACGCUGCUCUUCUUCCUGCCCGAGCGCUACAAGGAGAAGCUCUGCUGCGUCACUCCUCUGUCCACCCCUCAGAAGUCCAAAGAAAUCGACGCGCAGCCUUAUCAGAUGGCCAAGAAGGACGGCAACGGAGCAGCCCUCUGCAAAGAGGACACGGUCACCGAGGACAAAGAGCUGGAGAGCGACCGAGCACAGACAGAGGAUGAGGACCUGGAAGCGAGGGUGGCCCUGCCCUUAUGCCAGCUGAGGGGGCACACGGUUGAGGAGACGGCCUUUUGAUCCUUUCCCCUCCUGCUUCCUACGCAAACAACCUCCCAGCUGCUGCAGUUCCUGAGAGCACAAGACGGAUCACAGGUGUGAAAGUCCGUCACUACUCAGAAGGUCUGUAGUACCGCGUUUGGGUGUUUCUACAAUGUCGGAAUCAGUUGAAUCUGAUUCUAGAAAAGGCUUAUGGACUUUAAUGGGGAAACUGUGUUUUAUUGGUACCAGCUCCCGCAUAGUUUUUAUUUUCAUUUUUCCUCCUCAACACAACUGAAAAUCGAGCCAUGCUGGAACUGUGCACUGAAAGCCCAAAUGGCAGCAGUCGAAGAAGAAGAAGAAGAAGAAGAAGUUGUGUGUGUGUUGCCUGCUCUGAACCACAUGGAGAAGCCCGAUUGGGCCUAUGAAACGGACUGACAUUAGUCCUAUUAGGCAGCCACUUGAUAUAUUUGAAGGUAAAUAUGAUUCUCUGGUCAGUCAUCUCUGGUAUUUUUGUAGUCAGGUCGUCAUCAGUGCCAGUAUGUGAUUGAUUUGCUUAAUAGUGUGUACGUGUGGAUAUCGUCGUCCUGUUUUUUGGAAUCACAGAAUUCUUGACCAUCGCAUUUAAAGUCAUCCAUUGUGUGUUUGUGUGCACGUGCGUAACGUACGUACAGUGUUUCGGCAUCACUCCAGUCUGCUCUUUGGCAUGGCCACUUUUAGUCAGGAUCUUGGAGAAUCAUCUCAAAUUCAUCAGCGGCUCCCUGUGGUCAUACUAAUCACAGGCUUGUUUUCUUUUUGGAUCCCGGAUUCGUCCCUUUUUUUUUGUCCAGCCUUUGCAAAGACUGGGGGUGAGAGGGACACAGCAUGUGUCCCUUAAGUACAAUACUUGGUUCCAUUCCAGCACUGCUGAAACAGGAGCACUAAGUUGUUCAUAUAUCUGGCCUCUGAAUUUUGCUUUAAAAUGCAUCAAAUCCAUUUUACUUUGAAACUUACUAAAAUUGUCUUCUAGGUAAGAAUGCCCCCACCCCCACAUACUUAAAAAAAGUCAAGCUCAUGCCAAAAUGAAUUGACGCAGCCAGGCAGUCCCUCAUGAUGCACAGGGGUUAAAUUAGUUUUCUGGCGCUGUAUUGGAGGAACGUGUCCUAUUUUAUAUAUAUAUAUACAGGACUGUCUCAGAAA